AUGGCCCAUCUGCAGCACCUGGAGCAUCAUCUGGUUCUGCCGCACCAGCUACUGGAUCUAGUGGCCCAUCUGGAGCACCUGGAGCAACAACUGGCUCUGCCGUACCAGCUACUGGAUCUAAUGGCCCAUCUGGAGGACCUGGAGCAUCAACUGGCUCUGCAGUACCAGCUACUGGAUCUAAAGGCCCAUCUGGGGCACCUGGAGCAACAACUGGCUCUGCUGUACCAGCUACUGGAUCUAAUGGCCCAUCUGGAGCACCUGGAGCAUCAACUGGCUCUGCCGUACCAGCUACUGGACCUUAUGGCCCAUCUGGAGGACCUGGAGCAACAACCGGAUCUGCCCUACCAGCUACCGGAUCUAAUGGCCCAUCUGGAGGACCUGGAGCAUCAUCUGGCUCUGCCGUACCAGCUAUUGGAUCUAAUGCUACUGGAUCUAAUGGCCCAUCUGGAGGACCUGGAGCAUCAACUGGCUUUGCCGUACCAGCUACCGGAUCUAAUGGCCCAUCUGCAGGACCUGGCGCAACAACUGGCUCAACAGUACCAGCUACUGGAUCUAAUGGCCAAUCUGGGGCACCUGGAGCAACAAAUGGCUCUGCCGUACCAGCUACUGGUUUUAAUGGCCCAUCUGGAGCACCUGGAGCAACAACUGGCUCUGCUUUACCAGCUACCGGAUCUAAUGGCCCAUCUGGAGCACCUGGAGCAACAACUGGCUCUUCUAUACCAGCUAGUGGAGCUAAUGGCCCAUCUGGAGCACCUGGAGCAACAACUGGCUCUGCCGUAA